AUGCUGGACGCAAGCAACAUGGAGCCAAUUACGGGUGACCGCAAGGCAUAUUUCGAAGAUUUCCGCAAGAACCAUAUCCCUCAAUUCUUAUUUCGUACUUGGAGCAGCAACAGCAGUGGAGGAUCAGAACACGCAACUAACAGUGUCAAGGAGAUCAUUCCGCACGGCUUCAUGAAGAAAGCCUCUGGAAGCGGAUUCUACGACAAGCCUGAAAGUGAGCUUUUCAAAAUGGUGCGAGACCAUUACGACACCGAAUCCGUUUUCACCUCCGAAUUCAGCUCAUGGACCGCGUCACUUCACCUAGCUCUCUGCUAUGCUGGAUCCAUAGAAGAAGAAUACGGUCCCCACGUCGCAAUCAUGGACACACACCAGCUGGAUGGAGACGUCUUGGUCUGGCAUGUUCCGCACCUGUUCAAGCCCGACGGACUUCAUGAGUACUUGGCUCAUGGACCAAUCAGAGGCAUUGGAUACAAGGCCGUAUCGUACAAGACGUUAAUGUCAGCUGGUCUGGCACAGAUAUUUCCCGAGCUAUCGGAGACCGAUCUGGCUGACUGGGGCAUGAGCUUACGAGACCAGAUGUUCAACGGGCCCCCGAUUCCGCUUCCAACGGACAACAUUGAGAAAUCUGACGAGAUGAAGCAGAUUAGAUCAAUCGCAAACCUUUACGGCCGUCUUUACUUACCAGUAGCGACUAGUCUGAUGUGUCUUCGGCUUCGACCUUGGUUAGGCUCGCGAGCUGAGGGCGAGGUUGCAUUAGACAAAGUCGCAAAUCUGUUUGCAAAUACGAAGCCAGCCAAGGGUAUUUCGAGGGGUAAUUGGCUUUGCGAAGGUGUUGUACUGACCGAGUCUCCCAUGGGUCCGCACAACUUUCCUGACGUCCGACAGUGGAUCAAACUCCUCCGAGCCAUCUCUGAACGCACAGAUUGA